CCACCCCGUCGUUUCUCCACCAGCGCACAGCGCCAUAUUCGCACUGCAGACUUUUGGUUCAGUUGCAGCAAACUGUUUGCCACUGUCGCACGGGUGCCGCCAAAUAAAUAUUUUUUUUUAGAUCAAACUAGCAAAAAACUGUUACAUUGUAGCAACCAGACUCACGGAUAAAAAUAUACGUCGAUUUAUGGUUACAGUGUAAAGCUAUUGUAUCACUCUCUUCAGAACCAGUGUCGAUACAACACCGGACGGACGAAUUUCAAACAUGGGCACAUUUUCGGCAUGGUCGAUCUUUCUGGUGGUCUCGCUGCUAGCUGUGAAAGUCCUGUCCCAGGAUUUUGGUGACUUCGACCUGUCUGAUGCCUUGGAUGAUGGCGAUGUCACUAAAGCACCAGCAGCAGCCACACCGAAACCCAAACCGGUUCCAUCGGGAGCAGACCUGGACCUGUCAGACUUCUUUGGAGAGGGGGACAAGAUUACCACCACCAAAGCUCCUUCUAAGGUUCCUCCUAAAGUCCCAGCAACCAAGGCCCCGCUCAAACCCAAACCCAAACCAGAUGACACCCAGGCUGAUUUUGACUUUGGGCCCGGCCUCCGCCCGGGCCUGCUCCCCCGCGCCACCAAGGGCCCCCGUAACCCACCUAGGCCCCAGCCCGCAGGUGAUGAGUUUGACCUGAGUGAUGCUCUGGACCCCAAAAACGACAUUGGAGGGAAGGACAAGAACAAGGGACAAGCAGAUAAAGGUAUCGGAGGCGGGGGCAAGGGUGCCGGAGCUUCCAACAACAGAGGGGGGAAUGGGGGUGGAUCCUUCUCGGACGAUGAUCUGUUUGGCGUUGGAAAAGACAACACCUAUAAACCCGACAAAGGGAAAGGUGGACGUAAUGGUGGCCCAUCCACUGCUGAUGACAACAACUAUGACACCAUGGCGGAGACCGGAACCAUCGCAGGUAUCGUCAGUGCCGUUGGCGUGGCGCUGGUUGGCGCAGUUACGAGCUACAUCUCCUACCAGAAGAAGAAGUUCUGCUUCAGCAUACAACAGAGCCUGAAUGCAGAACUGGUGAAGACUGAUAACCCGGACGCUGUGGUGGCCACAGAACCACAAGUUCAACAGACUCUUCUGGAACCCCCCAAUGCUGAGCCCCCUAGUGAGGAGAACGCUGUCUAACACCCCCCCCUGUUCUGCCUCGUCCCCCAACCUACAUACACGCACAAACAAAGAGGGCAUGACAACACACACUUACACGCUCCCACCUUAUGAAAUAUCUCUCUCCACCUGACACACACCAACACACACACACCACGUUUGAAUGAUAGUCCCACCCCCCUUAUACCUGGCUAUACAGAGAUCGGCAAACUCUGUUUGUAAUGUAGCGUUCCAUUGGCGGCCAUGUUGACACCGCUAACUUGCAUGACAUUCUAAGGUCAGAAUGUCAUUGUUACAUAACUUGGUGCCAACAUGGAGGGUAGUUUGCUGACCUCUGUAGACCUACCCCUGCCAAACUAUGUGUAAAUAUCAUUUUAAUUUAUUUUAACUGUUUUGAAUACCACUAAUAUGUCUGUUUACUAUAUGAUUAUGUAGGAGAUGUUAACCUGAUCCCGGAUCAGUUUGAGUUUGACAAUGAUAGUCAGAGGACUUGCUAAACUAAAACACAUACAGAUCUCGGGCCAGGCUUCCAUCUUGGUAUUUCCUGAAGAGAUAGUAUAGGACAUAGUAUAGCCCACAUACUUGUCCCGUAACUCUGUUUAUUCAAUCAAAAAGCGUAUCUAAUCGACACAAGCCCUAUGAUUGGUGUGGAUUUGUUUGCUUAAGCAUAUAAAAAAGGAAGUGAUUUGAACUGUUUUAACUGUUGAUGCUAGAAAUCAAACGUCGAUUGAUAUCCGACCUGCACUUUCUAUCUAUUGGAUUGCCUUCAAUAUUAGUUGAAUUGGUUGAAUUCAAUUGGUUGUACGUAUAUCCCUCGUGUGAUUUUGUACCAUUUCUACCUUCAUUGUAUAUACUCGUCUUGUCCUACAGACACAAAGCGUUUUUGCAGUGGUUACUUACACAGGUUCAUGUCUAAAAGCUGCAUUUUUAUAGCCUCGAUGCCAGUCUUUGUGCUUUUUAGGCACGUCCUUGUCACUCAUUGUAGUGCUAGCAUUUUUAUAGUGUUGAUUUGAGGAUGGGGAAAAAAUGAAGCAAUUUGAACAACUUAUUUGUUACCUACUAACCCCAGAGCUGCUGCUUAUUGUCCCUCAUAAAAUGUGCGCUUUUUAAUGACACUGAAGAGGAAAUAGUCUCUUUUCCAAUAUCCUUAAUAGCAUACUACUUAGGGAACGAACCAGUAGGGAAUGAACCAGUGUAUUGGGUCCUAGCAUUCUAAGUAGUAUUCCAGUAUGGACAUCGGAGGGUACACAAAGGCUCUGUUCCAAUAUCCACACUAGCACACUACUUAAGCUGCGUUUAUACUGCCAGUCCAAUUCUGAUAUUUUGACAAAUUAUUGACAAAAUAUCUGAUCUGAUUAGUCAAAAUACCAAUUAGUGGCAAAAGAUCAGAAUUGGGAUGCCUGUGUAAAUGUAGCCGUAGGGAACGAGCCAGUGUAUGAGGUCCUAGCAUUCAAAGUAGUAUGCUAGUAUGGAUAUUGUAGCGUAGCCUUUAAGUCUACUUGUGUGGAAACGUGUUUGUGAUGAAGAUACUAAUACUACCCUUUGUACGUUGUAUAUCUAUUUUGUCUUAUUGAGAUAAUGCCAGUGCUAGAGAAAGUUAAGUGAAUGUGAAAUCGAAGCCUAGUUGAUCUUUAAAACCUCUUGAUAUUGAAGUAACAUAAUGGUCGCGUUCCAGGCCAACUACAUUGUAGACGCUGCAGAUAUUCCAGGGCAUCAACCAAUAGUUGCGUGCCACAUCAUCGACUUGGCGGUCAGGCAUCAGGUUGCUAUAUCAUAAUGUGGUUAGCUGAUGUGUUAAAGUCUUAUCCAAGCAUUGUGAGAUUUGGAAGGCGUCUGCAAUGUAGUCAGUCUGUAACGCGCCCAGUGGCUCUAUAGAAAAUUGAAGUUUUUUUUGUAACAAAGUUAUUUAUGGCUAUGUAUAGACUUCUGAAGUCCUUCAGAUGUAGCUCUUUGCUAUAUGAAAGCAUAGUUAGUUAGUCUUAGGUUCUUUGGGUAGUCUUCAUACUAGGUGUUGCUUUGCUGCAGUCAGUUGCUUGUUAGGAGGAUUGGGGUCAAUUCCAUCUCAAACCAGCCAAUUCAGGAAGGGAUUUCAAAUUCCAUUUCAAGAAUUGAGAAAAUGCACAAGAAUUUAUAAAAUCUUUAAUUGAAAGACAAUGGCACAUUUCAGUUCAUGAAUUGGGUUUUGAAAUCACUCCCUUGAAUUUACUUAAUUGAAAUGAAAUUGGCCCUAAUCCUGGUUAGGAGACUAGUAGUGAAAGUGAAGCUUGUAAAUUGCGGUGUGAGCAUAUUUCUGUGUUUUGACUAUUACUUGUUGUAUGAGCAUAUUCCUUGAUAUUACAGUGUGUCCUGAUGAUCUAUACACUCCUUCCUAAGUGUGUUUUGCGAGAAAAUAAUUGCGUCUCUGCACCCCCACUCUUUCUACACUAACGUUUCCGAGAGUGGGUUUUGUCUUAACUUCUUAUCUCAACUUAUUUAACAUUUAUUUUAGAUAUAGAAGUACGUUUGUUUCCAAGUGACUUUUAUUCCAGAAAUGAAAACCUUUUUAGGGCGGAUCUAAAAUGGCCCCCUAUUCCCUUUGUAGUGCACUACUAUAUAGGGAAGAGGAUGUGAUUUGGGAUGUAGUCCUACUGUAUGCUGCACCCUGUUCUGUUUGGCUCCCUUGUUGCCUUGGAAACACAGCUCUAGAACCACUCCUGUGAUGUUCCAGCACUCUCCCUACCUGUAGUAACUCACUGUCCCUAACAACUGCACCAGGAUCAGUUGUAUCAUCUUACUUAUAAUGGGUAAGGUAAGGAUUUAGGUCGGAGGAACUGUUGUUAACCCUUUAAAAAUACGGACAGAAUAUCCCGAAGACACAUUUCAGUUCAAGGCAUUUAGUUGUACAACUGACUAGGUAUCCCCCUUUCCCCUUUCUUUCCAUUCAUUUUCAAUCGUUCUAAUUCAUUCUAAUCAAUGACAUAAUAAAGGACCGUAGUAUUGCGG